AGGCAAUCGUUUCAUCAUUAUUUAAUCGCAGCAAACAAUAAAUGAAAACAAAUUUCUGUUGGAUUUGUUGGUUCACUGACUGACAGAACGUAUGAUUGAGUUGUCAUUCAAUACGAGUCCAUAAGUGCGUCAACUAUGCCUUCACUGCCCACUGAGUCCACUGUCCGCUAGUAUUCACUGCAAUACUAAUGCCGCAAAUAUGAUAGGCAACACGACGUCUGCGUCCGACCGGUGCCUCCGAGCGCUUCCCACUCAACCCAACCGUCGGACGACACCAUCGACUCGACGCCUGAAGAUCAGUCGACAGGUGCUGAGCGACGGCAAGCUAUGGCUGCAACAGAGCGUACGGUUGUGUCGACUGUCGCCGACUGUCAUCAGGACUUACGACAAGAAUUCAUACAAAAGAUAUUACAAGCAAUUCGUCGAACAGAAGAAUUUCAACAAAUACUCAAAACUCUUCCACAACUUCCACACCAAACCCACGACCACAUCCACCGCCACCCAUAGCACUGCCCGCACCACUACUAGUGCCACUACCGGUGCGACCAAUGAGAGUCCCAAACGCAUGCGUCUCUGGGACUGCCCCAAGAGCCCGACCCCGCAGUAUCUGUUGCCGCAGAACAGCUUCCGGACUCUGAGGUCCCAUUCCCAGGAUCUGAGACAAUGGACUAAAUGUGAUGAACGCGAGAACUCAUUGAUGUCGAUAUCGGAGUACAACCGAUAUCUGGAUCUGAUUAGUGUCCGACAACUCAAUAGACUGGACGCCAAACAACUCAAUACUCAGUUCGGUCUGAGAAAUAUCGCCAAAACCGACGGCUAUUCCAUGAAUCCGUCGAAUCAA